UUAGAGAAUACUAUUUUGGUAGUAGGAGUAUUUAAUAGUAGAGUCAGUUGGCAUUCAAGGUUAUCCCCAAUCUAUAUUUUUUGAUUUGACUUCAUUAUUAUCAAACCAAAAGAUAGGUCCCAAAACAACUACUUUCUUCAUUCUCCAUUCUUCUUUUUUUGCUAUACAAAAUAAACAACCAUUUCUAGUCUUUAGAGAGAGAGAAAAAGAGAGGCGCCAAGAUGAGCAAAAAAGCGAGCCAACAACAAAGCCUGUUUGUGUUCAUAAUCACCACUCCAUACCGAGCCCUCUGCAAGGCCCGCGACUUCUACGUGAAAAGCAUGCUAAACUGCGCGAAUUCAAACGCCAUCGGGCUGCAUAGCUCCGUGCAGCCCGGCCCAGCCCUGCCUCGGAGCUUCAGCGCGACAAUUUCGUCACGGUCUCGCCGCGACGACGACGCGGACUACCGCGAGCUGGUGCGGGCUGCUUCUGCCCGCACCAUCGGCAGCAGGGUCGAUCUCGAUGCCUACGUGAAGCAGGAGCGGAAGGCGAAGCCCGGCCCGCGUGCCUUGCCGUCUAGAAGCGCCAGCGUGGCAAUGGGGAGAAUUGAUGAGGAGAGGCCAACUGGAUAUUUUGGUGAAGAUAUUAAAAUUGGUAAUAUUAAUAAAUUUGAUAAUGGUAGAAUUGUUGAUAGGAAGAGUGAAUUGAAGUAUCCAAGAAGCAAAAGUCAUGCCGCGGUGAGAACGGCAUUGCUUUGAUAUUUUGUUUACUUACCCGUGUGGAAGUGGAACCAUUUAUCCUCUUUUUUUUAUUUCUUUUUUUGCGAUAAAUUAAUAUACUCCUACUUCAAUGUA